CCGCCCCCCAAGGCCCCACCCGCCACUCGGACGCGCCCCAAACCUGACAGGCCGCUGAGAGAUCGCCCUUUCGGCCGUCUGCUUUCUUCGUUCUGCAGCCGGCCAUCUUGCUCCCAGUCUCCAAGUCCGUGACAGCCCUGUCGCUGCGAGACAACAUUGUGUACCUGCCAUGAGUCUUGAGAUCCGCUGUGAGCAGCUGAGUGACACCAGGUGGACUGAGCUCCUGCCACUGAUCCAGCAGCACCAAGUGGUCAGGCUGCAGGACUGUGGUCUCACAGAAGAACGGUGCAGAGACAUCAGCUCUGCGCUGCAAGCCAAUCCCACCCUGAUAGAGCUCUGUCUGAGCACCAAUGAGUUGGGGGACGCUGGUGUGCACCUGGUGCUGCAGGGCCUGCAGAGCCCCACAUGCAAGAUCCAGAGUCUCAGCCUGCCGUACUGUGGCCUGACGGAGACUGGCUGUGGGAUCCUGCCCAGUGUGCUGCCCUCUAUGCCCACUCUGCGGGAGCUGCGCCUCAGUGGAAACUCACUGGGGGACGGGGGCCUACGGCUGCUGUCCAGGGGCCUCCUGGAUGCCCAGUGCCACCUGGAGAAGCUGCACCUGGACUACUGUAGCCUCUCGGAUGCCAGCUGCGAGCCUCUAGCCUCUAUGCUGAGGGCUAAGACCAACAUCAAGAAGCUGGUCAUGAGCAACAAUGACAUCCAUGAGGCUGGCAUCCGCAUGCUCCUCAGUGGCCUGAAGGACUCUGCCUGUCCAUUGGAGACACUCUGGCUAGAGAACUGCGGUGUCACGGCAGCCACCUGCAAGGAUCUGUGUGAUGUUGUGGCUGCCAAGCCCUCCCUGCAGGAUCUGGACCUGGGCAACAACAGGUUGGGUGAUGCGGGCCUUGCGGUGCUGUGCUCACAAUUGCUGCACCCCAGCUGCAGGCUCAGGAAGCUGUGGCUCUGGGAGUGCGACAUCACCACCGAGGGCUGCAAGAACCUUUGCCAGGUCCUCAUGGCCAAGCAGAGCCUGAAGGCACUCAGCUUGAUGCUCAACAGGCUGGGUGAUGAGGGCGCCCGGCUGCUGUGUGAGGCCCUGCGGGAGCCCACCUGCCAGCUGGAGUGUCUGUGGGUUAAGGAAUGUGGCUUCACAGCUGCCUGCUGUCCCUACUUCCGGGAGGUGCUGGCCCAGAACAAGUUUCUUACGGAGCUGCUGCUGAGUGAGAACAACCUGGGUAACACUGGUGUGCAGGAGCUGUGCCAGGCCCUGUGCCAGCCGGGCUCCGUGCUGCAGGUGCUCGAGUUGGUGGACUGUAACUUGACCAAUAGCAGCUGCAGCAACCUGGCCUUGGUCCUGCUGGCCUGCCACAGCCUACGGGAGCUAGACCUCAGCAACAAUGGCCUGGGGGACCCUGGUGUCCUACAGCUGGUGGAGAGCCUCCGGCAGCCAUCCUGUACCCUAGAGUGCCUGCUCCUAUUCGAUAUCUACGUGAGUGAUGAGGUGAGAGACCAGCUGGAGGCUCUGGAGAAGGAGAAGCCACCCCUGAGGAUCAUCUCCUGAGGCCCCCUCCUCCUGCAGGCUCACAGAAUCUGCUCUCUGCGGCUCCCUCUGCGGGUGUCCUGGCUGUGACUGAAUAGAGAUGCUGUGCAACCUGCUUCUUUGUAUAGUUAUUAAAGGGCUCUAUUGGUAGGCA